UGAGCAUCAAACCUUUUUAAUCAAAGUUUGUCAAAGCUGUAGAGAAGAGAAGCAGUCGAGGCUAAAACUACAGAUUGGACAGAGUUACAGACUGCGAGUUAAGACGCUAAACCAUCAGAGUGUGCAUCAUUAUUUCAACACAGUUACAAUCUGAAAGUAUAAAUGACACUAUGAAUACACUGUACAAGAAUAAUUACAGACAUGAAACUGUACAUCACACGCCCACUGUCAGAGUGGAUUAUCUGUGCACCCUUUGGUGUGACUAACUCCCCUGAAAAUGACCGUAAAUAGCACCAAUGUUUAAGGUGAGGGGAGGCUCCUCAUAGAAAUCCCCGGACAACCUGAGACCAACUCUCCUCCCCCCAAAAAAGCACCCUCAGGUUGGGCGUUUAAUCCCCAACUGAGGGAUGAAGACUUUGAAAGACAGCAUGUGAGCACAGUGAACUCUCCCUUUAGCAACAAGAAGGGAAUUACAAGUAUUUAUCAUAAAAGGGGGGUGAUACUUUAGGGUGUAAACGACCAAUUGGUUCAAAACCGCUCUGGUGGAUCGCUCCAGACUGCAGUAAAACAGGCUGGAGAAACCCUGCAACACAAUCUCUGAGAGAAAAAGUCAAUAUUUGCACACAAACAAGCUCAUGUUGUUAUUUGUAUUGUCUGACAACACAGUAGAGAGGAUGAAUUUAAUAAGAGUGAGAACCAUUUUUCACUGAAACCAAGAAAAUCUGUAAAAAUUCAUUCUUUACGGCACCAAAGUCCACCGACAAAAGCAGCAACUUUGACUCACAGAACACUGAGAUGUUGAUCUACAGCUGCCAUGUGGGUUUAAGGUAUUGUGUGACAUCUCCCUGCACAAUAAUACACACGUUUGAGAAACCCUGAGUGCAAACAAGUCGCUGUUUUUGUCCAUGGAGUCUGGUGGCGUUAAACAGAGCGAUACAGCAGAUGUUCCCGCUUCAAGAAGAGCAUUAAUUCAUAGAAAAAAAGACACUUAAAAUAACUUUAUUAACCUGUUAGCUUAAAAAAACGACAUUGUUCGCUCACAGUCAUUUCGCUGAAGCAAUACUGAGACUUUUUGGUCAAACUGUGCGCGUAAAAAAACUCAGGCCCAGGUUUAAAAACAGACUUUUAUCUUUUUUUUAGUGAUAAAAUAUCUUUACAGUACUCUGAUAUCUCCACAAAAUCCACCAACAGUCAAAAAUAUUCAAGUACCUGAGUGCAUACUCACGUCACAUUCACCUUAAACUCUAAGACGUUCGACCUUGAGCCAAACCGUCGAGGUUACGGCGAUUCAGUAAAAUAGAAGCUGCACACGCGUCCCUGCGAGCAGUGAGUUAAUGCGUCUGCUGUGCAUUGAGAAGUCCUUGUGAUACCACAUCGGCUGUAAACAUUCAAGGCCUUAUUUAGUGAUUUCUGGAGAGAGUCAAGAGGAUGCUCUGCUACUCUGAUUAUCUGGACGACGUGACCAGACCUUCUGGGGCAAACUUCACACAAUCACUCGAAUUUCAGACACACACCUUAGUGCUCAAAUGUUUCAUUACAGUACCUGUAAUCGACAUAUAUUAUCUAAAUAUAAAUAGCAAUCGGGCUUUAAUACACAAGUGACGAGGGAUUAGGUAGCGUGAUCAUUUUUUGGGGGGGAGGGCUAAAAUUAAGGCUGAUAUACAAAAAUACAGCAGUGACGCGCUCCCACCACAGGAGGGCACUGUCUCAUUGGCAAAUACUGCUUCAGUCACUCACUCUGAUAUGUAGUGUCCCAUCAUUGAACCAUGAGGCACUUGAAACAAAACAACCAAUAACAGAAAUUCUGAAAACCAAUCACAUAUUUAAAAAAAAAAAGAACAGAUAUUCACUGGAAGUUAAUCUUCAUGUUUCAGUAAGUUUUAAAUUUUCGUCUUUUUAAAGAAACUCUUAAUUUAUUUAUUAAUAAACUAACAAAGCACCAAUGAUUUGUAACUAUAUUUUUCACAUUCAGGAUAAAAACCUGAGAUCCUCCUCUGCACACGACACCUAACAGGUUGGAGGAGGAGGGUGUCCGACGUCCAGCCUUCUCUGAGCGGAGCCUCUUUUUCGAGCCGCCGGCACAGCGCUGACUACAUUUCCCAGAGUGCCGGGGGUCUGGAAGAAAGCCUUGGAAGCGGACAGAGGGGCUUCCUUGGGAGUGUGAGGCGUCUGCAGAGGUAGAGAGAGAUGUUAUUAGAGAUGGGAAUCGAGAACCGGUUCCAAAUGGUUCAAUCCAUCGACAACAUUCACAUUUCAACCCGGUGGAUGGUACGAAAAGUUUUACGACAGCGAGUCUUGUUUGGGAGUUUUGAGUUUGUGCAGCGUGGACUAACUGAGCCAGGCGCAGGUAAAAAAAAACACUCAACCCGACCAGAAAACCCUCAAAACCCUAAUUUGACUUAAUGACGACCAAGUAAAUGUACAAAUAGUUUGUCGUUAAAUUUUUAUGAGACUACAUUUUUUUCUGUUAUCAAAGAUUCAAUAAAAUUUUGAGUUAACAUUGAAAACUUCUAGUCUACUUUUUUUUAAAUCAAAGAAAGACAUUGUUAAGAGAAUCGUUAAAGAAUUGAAUUGAUAAGCAGAAUCUUUAAUUGCAACGAUAUCGAUAAAAUUGCAUCAAUUCCCAUCCACAAAAUUUGUUGUCAGAAGGUUUAAAAAAAGCACCACUUUGCAUAAGCUACAUUCAUAAAAACGAUGAUAAAACCACCCAGGAUUGUUUAAACCCACUGUGAGGACAUACUGAAACUGAUACUGGACCUCUUUGUGACCUGAAAAGCAAACAAGACCAUCAGCACCAAGACCGACAGUUUCUAUAGGUAUGAUUAGAGUCUGAAGCCGCUGUGAGGGGUGUGUGUCGGAUCAGAUGACGGCAGAAACGGCUCGUUUUUUUUUAACAUCAAAUAUCCUUAAAAAGCCACACAUGUGAGAUGUUUGCAGGGAUGUAUGUAGUGGGAUGCAUUUCAUAGUUUCUGCAGAGGAGCCUUUAAAAACCAUCAGCUCAUCUAAUCUCUCAUAGCAUCACCGUUGUUGUCCAGACUCAUUAUUAAGUCGGUCUUUAAUUCUCCUUCCCUGCCAGCGCCUCAGCGGGUCGUCAAGAAGCGUCUGUGUUUGUGAAAAAGUUAAGCUGGCAGACUUUCUUUAGUCUCGCAGAAAAGAACAUUAAUCCCUUUUUAACAACUUGGAGCUGAAUCAACUUGGACUGCUGUGACAAACAAACAAAAACUGAACAUGCGCUCGAGUCAAGCUGCGCCGUGGCAUUUUUAAAAGGUGAUCAUCACAGCGGAGAUCUGGAGGUCUUACCAGUGGUUCUGGUGUGUUGAUGCUGACAGUGUGACGAGUCCCUGAAGGAGACUGUGGAGCUCCUGUAGCCGGCGUGAACAUCCUGCCCUGCUCUGGCGUGGACGGCGACGGAAUCGACCUCCCGACCUCCGAGGGUGCUGCGAGGCCAAACGGCGCCGCCCCGACCAUAAAGUGUGCGGGUGACAUCACAGCGGGCAGGCUGAAGCUCAGGUUGUUGUGGGUUUCGGAGGUUUGCUGCUGCAGACCGCCGGCCACCAGGGGGUAGUGAGGGAGGGCUGCAGAGGGAACCAGGAUGUACGGCAGCGGCACGGUGGCGACGCUGCUGGACGGAAGUGCAAGACCGGCCGGCGUCUGACCAGCAGUGAGGAGGAAGUUGAAGCUGCUCAAACCUGAAGAUGAAGCGAUGGAUAAAUUGAGUUUCUAUUAACACAAACAAAACGAGAACUCUUAAAGUUUUAGAGGCGUGUGCGAGUAGGGCUGGGCGAUAAACCGAAAAUUUACAGAUACUGAAAUUUACGAGAAUAAUUGACAUCAUUUUGCCCAUAUCGGUUAAUUCGGUGUCAAAAAAAUAAAUACAAGUUGGUUUUGGAUGUGUGUAGGUAGGCUGUGGUCUCAUGUACCUUUAAGACGCUGUCCUACAAAGAGGGAAAGACAGGUGAGGAGAUGGAGGACGGUUGAAAAGUUGUAGCGGCUGGAGUGGAGUCGAUUAAGGCUGCACGAUAUUGGAAAAAAAUAAUAUUGCGAUUUUUUCAACCCUGCGAUAUAUAUUGCGAUAUUAAAAAUACAGUAUUUUCACCAGAUGACCUGAAUAGCACUUAAUGUUAUGCUGCACUGCUGAAAUCUUGAGGACAGUUAAUCUGCUCUGAUCUUACCUCUUUUUGUGAAUGUUAGUAGAACGGCUUCUGUCUGUCUCAGAGAUAUUUUUAGCUUUUAUAGUUCUGGGACGUUAUUGUGGCGACAGGUGAACACAGAAGACGUGUUUUGGUCAACAUCAUCCUUCUUUUAACCGAAAUAAUUCCAGAUAACUGACUUUCCUUUUCUUUUUGGCAACAAGUCUUCAUUUUCGGUGGUUUUCGCUUGUUCGUUGUUCAUUUUGCGAUCGUUGUUGUUGUUGUUAGCGGUGUUGUGCCGAGAAACGCAUGUCCUCCGAGAAUUGCAUGCACCUCGCAAAACGCGCACUGCUUAUAGUAGAGUGGUCCACGGAAAUGUACAAUUUAAAACCCAUACAGUUCUUAUUUGUUGGGCUUAAUAGUCAUGAGUAAAGUUCCGAAAGUAAUUCUCAGCGGACACACGUCUCCCUCCAUGUGCAGAACAUGUGCAGGGGUGGGUUUCCUCCUCCCUGAUUUUGAUUGACAGCUGGCAGGGUAGUCUGAUUGGCAGCUGAGAAGUGAGUCUGAUUGGCAACUGAGUUAAGGACGAAGGCGAUUGGUGGAUCGCUGCACAGCACAUGCAGAGUCACAUGGAGUGUAUCUCAGUCGGUUACCCUUGAAAUUAAAUGAGUUCAUUCACCUCCAAUAUCGCAGGCUCUGCGAUGUGACUAUCGCACACACGUACAUCGCGAUGACGAUAGUCAAACGAUAUAUCGUGCAGGCCUAGAGUCGAUGAAGUUAAUGUAGGAGGGGGUGAGCAGUAGUUAUCGUCCAUUUAUCGUUAUCGAGGUGAACUGCUCAACAUAUCGUGAUACUGAUUUGAGGCCGUAUCGCCCAGCCCUACACACGAGUGUCUGCGAUCAAAGCCGUGUCCAUACCUGCGUUGUUGGGCACAUAGAGGUAGUGUGAAGGCUGGGCCGGCUCCUCGGCGGGACUCUCAGGGGCCUCCUGCUCUCUGAGAAGACCAGCCGGAUGAUCGGGAGAAGUCCUGUUUCUGCACUCAGCUGAUUCAGGUCUCAUCUGGGAGAAAAAAAAAACACAGGCGAUAAUUAAAGUGGACUCAAAGAUGGAGAAACCUCUGAUUUGUGUAUUUAAGUCAAUAUUCACUUUAUCAUCUUAAAUCAAAGCAGCGUUUAAUGCGUCUCCCCUCUGAUUACACCGGAGUUAACUUCUGCCGAGUCAUGCUGGAGAUCACAGCUUACAGUCUUUUAAUCUACCUUUCUUAAAGACCAUGAAAAAUGUGACUUGUCCAAUUAGCAGGAUUGUGCAGCCUGACUGAUUGCGAGGGUUUUCACUUUACGAACAUCCUGUAAAUCACUGGAAUAAGUUUUUAAUUAAAGCAGGAACGACUUCUUCUAACCAGUCAGCGUGUAGAAAUUCACAUUUCCAAUUUAACGCUCUGCUCUCCAGAGUUAUGACGGGGUCUUGUUAUUUAGCCUCUUAUAAGACAUCAUAUAAUCAUGAAUGAACUGAACUGGAAUAAUAAUGUUGUUAAUUUAAACUACAUGGUGUAAACAAAGCAUAUCCAACAUCCUCUCACCUUGUCAUUUUCCUCUAACCCGGAGAUUCCCUUCUUCUUCCUCAACACCUCCUCCUCCUCUUCCCUUUCUUCCCUCUUCCUCUUCCUUCCCUCCUCAGACUCUGACCCAGGCGACCUCUGACCUUCAGGCCUGUCUGGCGCCCUGUACAGCAUGACCACGGAGGGCUGGGAAAGGCUGGGGAGGUAAGCCAAGCAGUGCGGGGAGGGGGAGUUGGCGAAGAGUUGUUGCUCUGUGGGGAGAGAAGAGGCCAGCAGGGUUGGGUAGGAGGUGGACGGAGGCAGCGGGCUGCUCCUGCUGCUGCAGGUGGAGGAGGUCUGCAGGGAUGCACCAGGACGGAUCCUACAGAGGAAACAAGACAGGAAGGAGCAAGAAGUUAAAAGGCUUGAUUCAAAAGUUAAAGGGAUAUUCCAGCGUAAAAUUCAUUUCUGGUCAAACACACCGUAACCCCAAGUUGACACCCCCUCGAAAGAUGAAUGUUGCCGACCGCUUCCUUCUCUAGUUAUACCAACUUUAGUAACGACCGCACGAUAGCAGUACAGAGAACCACGCCCUCAACCAAAACGCCACUCUAUAGCCACAUUUCUUUAUUAUUUCCUUGUAGUAAUAAUCAUCAUAUUUAUCAUUUUGCUCUGCAGACACAGUAGUUCUUCUGUCUUAGCGUCUCAGUCUGAUUGUAUUUCCAUGAAGAAAUGAUCAUAAAUGUUCUUCCUUGAGCUGCGUCACCCCGCUGUAGUCCGUAACGGACUGGCCUGAGGUCUCAUUACAAACAAGCGUCUGCUGGAAGAGAGUAGGUGAGUUGUGUUUAGUCUCUUUGCUAAAGAAAUGAGUCAAAGUUAAAAAGAUGUUUGGUGUCUAGUACUAUGUCUGUGACCCUAUAUGUCCUGUUGAUGAAGUUAGGUGCUGUUCUGAGCAUUAUUUGAGGUUAUAGAGUGGACUUUUGGUUGAGGUUUGUUUAUGGCUCCUUUGACCGCUGUGUAUUGCUAUCGUGUGGUUGUUUCUAAAGUUGGUAUAACUAGAAAGCAAGCGGGUGUCUAACUCGGUGUUACGGUGUGUUUGACCCUGAAUUAAUUUUACACCGGAAUAUCCCUUUAACUGCUUAAUGCCCAUCAAAGUAUGACUUGUUGUGGACUCUCUUUGAUACGAACAGGCUGUAGCUGCAAAAGCGAGCAACAGUUUACAGUAAAUCAGAGAUCCUCAGGUCGGGGCCUCCUGGUUGUUCCAAAGUCAAGACUUGUAACUAAAGUUGACAGGGUCUUUUCCAUCGGGGCCCCUGAGGAGGUGGAUUUGUCUUCCUUAAUAUAAUGGUCCCCCUGGUCUCAGGUUUUUGUGGUUGGGCUCCUAUGUUGGCCAGGUAUCACGGGUCCUUAUGAUGUCUUUGUUUUAGUGACGUCUCAGCUCAUGUGACACGCAUCAAAACUUUUCUGUCUUCCACUGGUUUUCGUCUUGUCUGGUCUCUUUCCCUCAAGUUUUCCUCCAUGUUAAAGCACUUUGUGAACUCUUAUUAGAAGUGCUGUAUAAAUAAAGUUAUUAUUAUUAUUAUUAUCACCAUUUUCUUAACUGUUUAUCCACUCAGAGGUUGCAGGCAGCUGGAACCGAUCCACACACUUAAUCCUGCAGGGGACUGAAAGUGCAAAUUACCCCGAUGAGCUCAUUUUUGGACGGUGUGAGGAGGUGGGAACACCUGUGAGGAACACAGGUACGCAAACACUGUGUUGCAUUGUUUGUAAAGUGCGGCUGUUGCGGCUUACUUCCAUGUCAUGUUUUGCAUCUGUUCUCUUUUAGUAAACCAUUUGUUAACUCACUCAGUGCUGUUUUCAAUCCUCACUUGACACGCCGUGUUGUUGUUGUUGUUUGUCAUCUUUUUGGAGUAAUCCACAGGCUGGUGUUGUGGACCUGCGAUGAGAGGAAAGGAGAGAAAACACUGUAAGAGUGACGCCGUCCCACAUGUCUAACGGUAACGUAGAAACGGAAACAGAGUGUUACCUGCAGGAUUUCGACGUGGACUGCUGGGUGCAGAGCUGACCUGACGCUGCACGGCCGCAGAGGUUGGUGUGACGUUAAAAGACGCGUGGCGGGGCAUUUUUAACUGUCUGAUGUCUUCUUUUGUUAUCGGCUGAGUGAUUCCAGGCAGAGUGACGGCUGAGGUGUUCACAGAGAGAGAUAACAGCGAGGUUAGCGUUAAAAUAUCAGCAGCUUUAAAUUUAAUCCCCUGAAGUCUUUGAGAAGUGUUUGUCGAGGUCUUACCUCCACUCCCAGAGUUUUUAAACUCCACAGGGCCGAGCCAUGUGAAAGCCGGUUUCCUGCCCCUCUCCUCCCGGACGUGGACUUUCUUUAUCAGGUCCAAACUGGUCAGCACAUUGGCGAUAUCAUACAGCCGGCGCACCUUAGCUACAGGAACAGAGAUGAAGUUUAGUUUGACUAAAAUAAAACAAACCGGACUCACACAUUAGCAGGAAUCCUCUCUGCUCUUACUUUUAUACUUGCUGUGACUGGAUGAGUCCUGGCUCUCCUCGAUGAGGACCUUUGCCGCUGCGUCCAGAGUGACGGUCUGAGUUUUGGACACCAGGAACAGCAUGACGAACUUUUGGCUCAUGAUGCGCAGAGAUUUGUCCUUUCUGUUGCUGCCUGCUACAAAAGCAGAGAAACGUUAGAGAAUAUUUGACACCGCUUCAGGAUCACACACGUCACACAUGAUGGGAUGAUUUUUACAAAUCUCCCAGAAAAAUGAAGCAAUUUUGGUAGAUUUAACUCUGCUUUAUCCCUGAAAACUCUCUAUUAUGGUCCGUUUGAUGUUAUUAGGUUUCAAACCUGCAGGACAAAACUGUGAAAUAAAUCUCACUUCGGAGGCAGAUUUGUUUGAAUUGUGAUUGCUGCUACAGGAAGAUAAGACAGAGGUGCAAGAUGUGUAAAAAACAGACAGAAAACACGUCCUCACUUGUUAUUCACAGGGACAUUUUAACCAUGAAUGCAGAGUGUUUUGUUGUGCACAGAUUUCUUUAUACGACACUUUUACUCAUAUCGUUUUAUCGUUAUAUAUUGUGCGAUUUGAUCUGGAUCGGUGUGCUUUUACUUUUCUCUAAUAUAUUAGAUUUUUUGCACGACUUGUCAAUCAGGUAAAAGGGUUAGUAUGUUUUUGAAAUGUUUCCUCUCACACAAACUGUGCUUGGCUCAGCACAAAACACGAUCUGGAUCGGUGAAAUUAUUUUUUGGAAAUACCUGAUUUUGUGUUUUUUUUAGAAAACUGGUAAAAGUCUGGAAACAAAUAUUUUUUCAUACAUUAUUUUUUCAUUUUCCAUUCUUUUUAAUUCCUGAAAAUUAGCCAAAUUUAUUUCCAUACUUGCGUAGGAACCCUGAAAAAACAGAAAGGGGGCUUCAAACUCGUCAUUACCCUCAGAAUUUAGACGUUAUAGGUUGAACAUUUCCACUGAGGGAGAAAGCUCUGAUUUACUGCAGCCCUGAAUUUGUCGCGAAAUUUACCAACAAAGGGGGGCACUGUUAAUUCACCACCAUAAAUAUUGGAAAUAGUCCUUUAAUAACCUGUUUUUAACGUCUGUUGAUCCUCCUGCUACAAUCACAGGAUCAGAGAGGCUUAAAUAUGCAGCCUGUACCUUUACUGAGCUGUUUUAGUCGUAGCUCUGUGUUUUGAAACGCCGUGACCGCGCUAGAGAAGUCAGGUCAGUAUGUAGAGGCGCUCGUAUGUGGAGGUUAUUUCGCCGCGGUGGCUCCUGCUCUGAUUUUUGUAUGCGCCGCUUUAACGGAAGGUGUUUUAGUUCUGUAAUAAACCUCAGCUCCGUUAAAGCACAACAGUAAAGACAUGCAAAGGUGAAAGAAAUAAAGAACCAGCCUCUCUUCAUUACCGCUGUUGGCGUCUCCUUCUGCUCCAUCAUCCUCACACCCCGCUGCAGCCUCUCUCGCCUCAUUGGCCAUCUCCAUCUGGAGGUGGUAGCCCUGCUGCAGACCCCUCCUCUGCAAAUCCUCCAGUGUGGCCUCCAGCCGCUGGCGACCGUACCAGGUGUAGCUGUUCUUGGCUAUCCGACCCACGAUGGUGAGGGACUCCAGCACGUUGACGAUGUCGUAGAUGCGCCGCCGCUCCACUCCUGAAUGUUUCAGAGAUGACGACAAACUUGAGCGUGGAAAAAUACGAGCUCACAUUUCACACUUUUUAGCGAGAGUUAUAAAGACUAGCCGGCCUUGCUCUGAUUUGCAGCCUGGUGUCCGUCCAUAAACACCAGGCUGCUGUUGCCAUACCAACUGCCAAAUGCAAUUACAUAAGAGCUUUACGAUGCUCAUUAAAAGGACAUGAUCUGCCUCUGUCAUCGCUCCUUUUCAUGAGGGGUUAUCAAAGGCAGCGUUGGCACCGGUAUCUGCGUCUUACCAAGACUGGAGGCCACCUCGUCCAGUGAGAUCCAGAUGGGGCUGUGCGGUGGGGGGUAGUCAGGGUAGAGGGCCAAGAACUUCUGACAGAGCAGACCCAGACUCUUCUGCUUCCUGCUCGGCUUUUUGUCCGCGUCGUCCUCCUCGUCCAACUGGAAAGACAGGCACACGGUCGAAAUAUAAAACCGGUCUUUAUCACCGUCAUGGGAAUUUCAAAACCCCCUCGAGGGGCUUUGCUGAAUCAAAAUCAAGGGAUGCGAAAAAAAACUGAUAGUGAGUUUGACUCAGCGUUUAAAUUGGCUCACAAAUCAGAUCAGCGCUCUAAAUUACUUUCCUGUAACGUGUUUUCAGGGGGCAGAUUUGGAGAAACUAAUCGAAUCCUUUAAUGCCUUUAAUUAUGUUUUUGAUGAGGCUGGAAAAACCUCAAAAAUAUUGCAUAUGCCGAAUAAUUGUCUUUGGCUCUGGCUGCCAUCUAUUAUAAAACACAGUUUUAUCAUGUAUUACUGCAUAAUUGAGCGUUUGUGUCUGUGCUUUUGAAAACUCUCUAUCUUGGGAAAAGUUUGGACUUUCUGAGGUUUUCAUAUCAUAUUUUGAGUCCAUAAUGAGCAGCUGGAAUCUAACUUCAUAAUAAAACAUUUUACUCAUAACUUGAAACACCUCACUGAUUAUUAAGUUGACCUUUAACCUCUUGGGCAGCUGCAAAAAGUCUCACAUACCUGACAAGAGUCUUCCACCUCGGCGUCCUCCGCCGCCAUCACUUGUGGACUCGCAGGUUUCUCCUUCUCGUUCUCUAUGGGCCUGAACAGAACCUUCUUCAUCUCCCUGUCCCUGAUGUCCGGACUCGCAGCGCUGAUCAGCAUCUUCAGGUUGGCUGUGGGCGUCCAGGGUUCAGUCAGUACUGUGUGCUUGAUGGGGGUGAUGUGGGCCAGGUCAGGGGUGGCGACUUUCCUGAAGAUCAGGAGGGGGGUGGGGGACUCUGUGGAUUUCAGGGGCGUGGAUUUUCUCCUCUCGGUGCAAAUGUUUUCCUGAGAGAGAAAUAUGAGGAUAUUUAUCUGUUUCCAGCUCUUCUCGUGACUUAACUCCUCUCUAAAGAUGAUAUAACAUCUCUUGAAUCAUUCAUCCACCCUACCUUCUGCUCACUGUGGCCCCCAUCCUCCUCUGACUCCACCUUGAAACUUUUUUUCCUGGGACUUGUGAGGUCUUUGAGAGCCAGACAUUCAACUUCCAUCUGCAGCCAAAAAAAGUCAAGAUAUUACCGGAACAUCAUGCAUCAAUACCCGGGCUGAUAUUCCUGUAGGUCUUAUGAGGGAACAGGGAGAUUUUAGGCGGUAAUGUUGCUGCAAACUCUGCCGGGUGGGAGGCUGAAUUUGGCGCACAGAGCUUCGGCUAAUUAGCCUUUAGCGAGCUAACGCCUAUGACACAGUUAUUAACCUCAGUAUAGUGCGAAUUGGUUUGAUUUUAACACUGAUAAACUGCUUAAAUACAUAUAAAACAGACAGCGUUUUACCACAUGACAUUAACUUACUGCAUUAGGUGUAAUAUGAGGUGGAGACUAUGUGUCUAUAGUUGAGAAAAGGACACAUUCACCCUAAUUAGUCACUAUAUUUAGACAAGAUGUGGUAAAUCUUGUAGUAAGUCAUAACUUUUUGAGGUAUAAUUAAACUAAUAAAGGCAACUUUGGCUAUAAUUAGCUUCUUACUUAGCAGGGAACAUACCAUCAGUGAGAGAAAACGCAGAUAUUUACCUUUUUCUCCUCUUGAAUGACUGGAUUAAACCUUCAAAUGUAGCUCCAGGUCCACCUUUCCUCACUCUCCGGUUCUCUCUUUCUUCAAUCGAACAUACCAGCUUUAUUCCCUCCUUAAGAAAUAAGCGGGUAGUCCCCCUUCACUUCCACCUUCAGCCCUCUCCUCCGAGUCUCACUGUCCCGGGGAGACCUCUGCUCUAUCACCCGCUCAAGCUUGUUUUCUGGCGCUCUCGGGCAUCUGGAUGACUCCAGCCAAUCAGCGCGCGGUUGAACCGCUGCGUCACAGAGUCCAAGCCAAUCGGUGCUGUUGUGCUCGGGUGCGCGCCUCGGCUUCCACCAAUGGGUGCGUUGAAAAGCCACGCCUCCUUGAGAUAUGUUGGCGGGGCAACCGGCGCGCUCGCUCCAAGCCCGCUAUGGAGUCUUUAAAAAGAAGAGGUCUCACUCUGUAGCUUAUUCUGUGGACCUUUUUCCUAGAAAUAAUAAAUGAUAAAGGUUUGAAGUAUGGCCAGGUAUUCUAUAUGGUGGCUGAGAACCACAACUGCUGCAAAUAGAAAAGAAUACAAAAAAGGAAGCCACGAUGGAAGUUGUCAAUGCAAAUAAAAAAGAAACGGUGCAGAUAAAUUAAAAAAAAAAGGCACAAUGGAAGUUAAUGAUGCAAAAAAAGAAAAAAAAGGCGUUGCAAAACAAAGUACAGUACAGUUGCUUGACUCGUAGAAAUAAGUACCCAGACCCCUCUUUUUUUCAUUUUUGGUCCCCAGCUGCUCACUUCUGUCUUUUUGAUUUGCAUCCUUUUAUUUCUGAAGUACGGAACUUUUUUUUUUUCUUUUUCCAUUGCCACUUUUUUGCGCCAUUAACUUCCAUUGUGCCUUUUUUUAUUUGCAUCCUUUUAUUUUCUCAGUAACUAUUAUUAUUGGCACAAUUGGUAACUCCCAUUGUGGCUUCUUCUUCAUUUUCUCUUUUUUGCAUCCUUUUUUAUUUGCAGCAGUGGCGGUUUUUGGCCACCAUAAUUUUAAAUUAAAACUACCGACUCUUUUGGAAAAAUAAAAUAAAAUAAUGCAUUUCAAGCAGCGCUCAUCAUGCAGGAUGCUCAUAUAAAUACACAAAUGUAUUACAACUACAAAAUGAAGCUUCCACCAUCCAAUUUUUGAGUUUAUUUCAUGUAAAAUUAAGAAAAAUAACAAACCAAGAAGGUUUUGAGAAGGGUUACUGAGCAAUUAUGUUAUACAAAUCACAGCAUAAGUGUAACAUUUUAAAGAAAUCUCGUCAUUCAUGAAAACAUCCUUUUGAAAAUGCUUAUUAGUAAAAUCAAGGUGAAAUUUGUGGAAUGAGACAAUCAUUCAAAUAAUGCCGUUUCACUAGCUUGAUAUGAGAUGCAUUAGUUCACUAUAGCAAGUGUAUAUGACUGAGAUUUAGAGAAGAACAUCUGAGACCAGUGACACGUCGUCGCAAUAGACGAUCUUUGACUCUCAGCUGGGUACUUUGGCUUGUCUCCUAUUUCUUCUCCCACAGUGACGCCCUAAGCGUCAAGUACCGAAGCCGAACACCUAGAAACCCGCUAUUAAUACCCUUCCCCGGACCACAGAGGCCUUUGUUUCUGCUGCUUGGAGUAAUUACCUCUGCGGCUGAAACAGACAGAUGGGGGUCGAAGGUGGGGGGGCGUCAGGAGUGGCGCUAAUAUCACCUGAGCAACAGCGCGAAAAGUUGUGGGUGGGAACGAGAGCUCGCAUUUUUAGCAGCCAGGGUCCCGCCUUGUAUGCAAAGGGUGUCUAAGGACGAGCCCAUUACAUAACAUCCUCCAAUACACAAAAUCUACCGCCAAAUACUAUUCAAAUCUGGACUCUGAGAGGAGAGGGGGGCAGGGGUUUUUAGAUGAUGAGGGUUCUUGAGUGAUCUGUCUGUGAGUUUCAAUAGUAGACCAGAGCAAUGACUCAAACUAUCAAACUAAUCAGCAAAACUUCCAAAAAACAGGAGAACAAGAGAAUAUUUAUUGUUCUACAGGACCAGUGGGUCUCUGAAGUAUUCAUUCAGUAAGUUGCAUUAGUUCAGUGAAAAGCAGUAAAAGACAAUUAUAACAGAAUCAUUAAAGCAAAAAGAGGAAGAAGGAGGUGCAUGUUUUAAAUUCAGCUGAUAACAUGUCAAACCCUUGUUGUUGUUUCUGCUAAUGUUUGUCUUUGUUUUUCUGAAUUGCUCUGGAAAAGCUGAAAACCAUUACCCUCCACAUUAAGCACUCAAACAGCCUCCCCUUUUGUCCAGGUUUGAAUCCAACUGCAGCCCUACAUUAACCACAUCAAGAGGCUGAAACUCAGGAGUGAACCCUUAAUGAGUGGAUGGGCUGUUUAACAGAUUUGUUUGUUGUCCGGAGUAAUGGACUUGGCACAGGCGCUCUCUCUUAACAGCGCUCUGUUUUGCAUUUCAAACAGCAUCACACUCAAACCUUUCCUGACCUUUAAAGCUCGUUUCCUUCACAGCUCAGUCUGAUUAUGGCCGUGUGGACCACUGUUUGCAGAUCAUUGGUCCUCUAUUUCACGUGUUUAUCCUUUAGUAGCCUGCAGACAGUUGGAGUUCAGUGAGACACAUGCAGUUACUGUGAUAUUUGCAUGAACACUCUUCUUGUGAAUUCUAGCUCAUGCAUGAUUGUUUUCUUUUAAUUCUGCAGAAUCACAGCACUGCGGGACAGUUUGUGACAGUAUUACGCCAUCACUGGUUAAAACUGAUUACAGCAAGUUCAGGCAUGUUCUCUUUGGUUGUCAUAGCAAAGCAUUCUGGGAAAGGGUAACAGUCACUAACUGACACAACCUAUAGACAAGGCUUUAAGUGCAGCCACCAAAAUGUGCCAAAACGUCUACACUUCCUGCUGUUGGACAAAAGUGAAGCCAAGAUACACGACACGGGCAGACUGUGUAUGUGGAGCCUGAGUUUCUGCUCUUUCUACUAAAACAUACAUUUGACUCAUAUAUAUGUUAUGUAUAUGUAUAUAUGUAGAUCUUUCAGACGGGUACAGCCAGGCUCUCGCAGUUACAGGAAGUUUUAUACCUGAACAAAAGUUAUGCCAAGUUUGAUCUGUUUCAGGUCGCUGGCUGACAUAAAGAACCCUUUACUGUUACCAUUUUUGGCCCAAUAGGCUUCCGUUAACACCAUCUUAUCGCACUAAAUCCAAGUAUAUCCAACAAAUGAUCAAACAUGAAUCAGUCAGUGUGUUUACAUGCACAGCUUAAUCGAUCUGAGCUCAUAAUUUGUUUUUUGUUGUUGAAUCAGACUUCUCUCCUUGUCCUCGUAUUCAUGCAGCUGAGAAAAUCUAAUUAUUGACGCAAACAUGUCCUCCUCCCCAAAACUAGGGGGCGAUACAGGUCUUUUCAGCUGCGCUGUUUUCGGACCUUUAUUAAAGAUGUCUCCGUUUCUCGUUUCGCGACCGUCCAUAUACUUUUAAAUGUUCAUUUCUGUCAGGACAGGAAGCAUAACAGCGCAUCUGCAACAUGCUUCAGCCAUGUUGCAGUAACUUCUGAGUCCAAAGUUCUUUAGAUGAUAGCGCCACUUCUUCUCUGGUGCAUCACAUGCAUUGUCCGAUCAUACUCCCACUACGCUGGUUACAUGGUAGAGAAAAUCAAAUUUCAAUCGCAUCAUCUGGGUGUCUUAAUCGGAGUUCUCAAACCCUGAUUAUAAAGUGUUUACAUGCACUUCAGUUGUCCGGUCUUAAUCGAAGGAAGGCAAUGAUUUGGUUUUUUUCGAGUGUCAUGUAAACGAACUGAGUUAACAUUUCGACUGGAAGUACCGACAAAGUUUAUUAAUUUGUAUUCGCUGAAACUAGACUAGACUUUUCAUUAACUUAAGACAGAAACUACAAAAAAGCAAAAAUGACUAUUUGGGUUUUUUUUUAACCAAAAGACGGUGGUAUAUUUGCUCAGUCUUGUCUUUGAUUUGCACCGUCACACACCAGUGCAGCCCCCAUUGUCCCCACUAUAUGUGACAUGACACUACUGGAAGCCCCCCCCCCCCCCAGUCAUUGUGUAUUGCAAGCAUGUCAGGAUGGCAAUGCAUUCAGUGCUAACAGGACCACUUUAUAACAACUUUCCUCCCCUCGGUUUGAGACAGUGGGCAGUGAGUGGGUCCGACUCCACGUGUGGUUUUUUCACUCCUCACUGACCUUUCCUCUAACUGCUUUUCCCUGAGAGUUGAUACAAUCACAGCAAACUCAGUUCAGAGAAUUCACAUCAGCUGAAAUGUCAAACACCUCCUCUGGCAUUUAGUUAGACUCUAAGGUGUAACCUGCCCUCUAACAUCGUGACUCUUCGCUCCGUCUGUCGUGUAUUAGGGAUGAGUUGACUUAUUUUGCAGCAGGUUCAGACUCCCUCAUUAUAACUUUACCUUUAAGUUAUUGUCCCAUUUCUGUAUAAAACCACUUUUGAGUUUAAACAAACUGUGGUGUCACUUUUGCCAUGAAGGAUUGAUUUACUGUAUUUGGGGUUCUGGACUGGUUGUAGUAAACAGUACUAACAGAGCCAGGGAGUAAAAUCUGAAUUUGCUGUUGCUGGUCUGGUCAGGCAGCUCUAUCAGCUGGAGGGUUCCUCUGCCGUGUUUGUAGGCGGGCAGGUCCUGACUUGUCCUGAUGGAGUUGUUAGGGAGUCAACUAAAGCUGUUCCUGAGUCAACAGCCAAAAGUGACCCCCUCCUCCUCCUGCAGCUCUAACAUUUAAAUAACGUCACCCAGGGCUUUGUUGAAGCCUCACACAGAUUAAGGUUCAGUGAAUCCUGAGAUACGUAGAGUUUUGAUUUAAACCAAAAGUGUGGCUGAAAUCACACCAUCAUCAUCUUGGACUACCAUUCCAAGAUAAUCUGGUCGAGAUCUAAUUUUCUCUUCCAUGUGUACAACUCUAUCAGACUGAAACUGGACUAAGGCUACGUUCACACUGCAGGUUAUGAUGCACAAUUUGGAUUUUUUGUUAAAUCCAAUCUUUUUGUGCGGUCGUUCACAUUACGACAACGAAUGCAGCAUCUAAUGUGAAGGGAAUGUGUCCGUGAAGUGACCCACAUGCGCACAAAACACAAAUUGCUUUCCGCUAACAAUGGUGACUUGGUGGCAUAUUGAUGAUGUAUAGGUCGAAUGAAUGUGCCUGAACAUCCACACUGCAGUCACAUCAGAUACAUAUCCGAUUUAUAUCCACGUACAACAGAGGCCUGGGUCGGAUUAGAACAAAUCAGAAUCGCACUGUUCACACUGACAUGAAAAAAUCAGAUUUGUGUCACAUAUGGUUAAAAAAAUCAGAAUUGACCUGCAGUGUGAACAUAGCCUUAGUCUCCUGCACAUGCUUCAAUAUUUACGCAAAAUAUCAACAAACGAAGGAAGGUGUAAAAACGACGAAACUUGAUCAUCAUACAGAGAGCUGAAAAAGUAAUAAUGUUUUUAUUGUUCGGUGUACACCCUGUAACAUUUUACUAACGUGUUUAAUGCGUAAAAAGUCGACCAGGAGACCACCCAGUAGAAACCCACCUUACUCAGUCAGACUGGGACGAGGACAGUAGCCUAAGUAAACCGCCUAAUCGAGCUUUAACCGUAGCUCCACUUUGCUGUCCAUGUAAAUGUACAGAUUUUUGGCGCCCCCUGUGGACAAAACCAGUCUAUUAUGUCCUGAACUGUGUGCUUACGUUAUGUCGUCUUAUAAAAACUCUCCUCUCACCGACCUUUAACAGUCGAAUGUAUCAGUGAGUGUGAAUAUUCUGAGUGGAAAUCAGUUAAUUCUGCAUUCUUCAUGGAGGUGAACCAUGCACUGAAUCAGUCGGCUAUAAUUCAUGGAAAUUAAGAUGCAUAACUCAAAUAUUUUUAAAUGCACAGGCCUCAAAUUUAGGAGCUGAUUCACAAAUUCAACGUGUUUCACAAUAAACAAAAACGAUCAAAUACAAAAAAAAACACAAGCUGCAGAAUUAACAGCCCUCAUAUUAGACACAUUAGACCUAUUUACAUCUUUUUAAGAUUUGAGCACCUUCACUCAGUCAGAACAUGUUGCAAGUAUCAAGAUAUCUUGUCUCAUUUGCACCAUAUUUGUAUCCUGCGUUUUAACCAACUGCUUCAUUGUCUCUUCAGGUUGCAGUGUGGUGUGUACCCUCAUUUAGUUAGAAAUAUGGAGUAAAACUGACUGAAGAAUCUGUUGGGAUCAGAGCAGGGACAGUAGAAUAAAAACAAAACACAACCCCGCCCCCCAGAGGUGACUGGGAGCUACUGCAUUAUUUUGUUGCGGUCAGAAGUCAUUAAGUGGAAAUGCUCUCUCACAAACUUUGAGCCACAGAAACCAUCCAGAGCUCCAUAUAUCCAGCUCAUUGAGGACACUAUGGGAUGUAUUCAGGAUUUUUAUUCCUUUAAAGUUUCCCCACUUUAGAUCAUUCUCAUUAUUUAUGCAUUAUUUAAUUCUACAAACAAGUUUAAACUCAUUUAAACUGGAUCAAACAUCACUGAUGCUUCAGUAGUAUCUUCACCUCUAUUUCAACUAAUAUUAAUACUUUAUUCUCUGCUAGCGUUAAAAGAAAAAAGUUUCAGACAACUCUUUGCGACUUCUCUCACUCUAGCCGACGAUUCCAUGCAAUACACACCCAUUAUAAUCUUCUCAUUUCUCCAACAAUGAUCAUUAUCAUUGAAGAGUGAUUGAUCAAAAACUACAAUACCUAUUGAAAUGUGGAUUAAUACACCGAUAGAUGAGACGUGUGUCUACGUUUUAAAGUUUAAAUGGAGUCUCUAGGUGAAAGUAUGUAAAAACUUAAGAUAUUUGAAAAACUCUAAUAAUUGCUUUUUUUCUUGCUUUUCCCAUCGAUUCCAAUGUAAAAUAUAUUCUGCAGUUUUUCACCAAAAAAAUAUAUACAAUAGAGAAAAGUAAUAGCACACUAAUCUCAAUCAGUUUGUCCAACAAAUCUUCAAGCCAUCAGACAAAGAGGAACAAGAAAAAAUAAACAGUAGGACAAUAGUUCCUCAGGGUGAGGCACUGGCACCUGUCCUUUAGUACAGGGGCCCCUUCACAACAAUGUUCUGUCCCAAUAUUAUUGUAUAAGGGCCGGUGCCUUUGUGUGUUUGUCCUGUGGCCCUCAUAUCAUCACUUUCACGAUUGACAGUCAGUUCUUGACAAAACACACUGGUCAUUAUUUGUCUUUCUUUACAUUCCGUUAUUGUACAUGUCAUUGUUAGUUUAACCAAACAUAGGUAUAUGACACGCACGUCUGUGAUUCUAACUAUGUGAGAUGUCCACAUUCUUGUGAGAUGCAGAGAACAUUAGUUAUUUACAUAUGAGGUUUUCAGCUCUACCUUCCACUGGUUGAGAAAGGAACUGUACAUUUGUACAAAAAAGAAGAAUAAAUGCUCUUUAAUUUAAACUUCUUUUUUGUAACUUACGUAUUAGUUAUCCACAUUCAGAAUGGGCCUGGAGAGCAGCUAUGUUGCACAAGUAGACCCUAGUAUUUGUUCCAUCUUUCAAUCAUUAGUCUUUUUUUUAAACCGGUUCUCCUUUUUCAGUGGAAAAAUGUCAAAAAUCCAUUUCUGAGUGUUCAAUCUCAUUUCUACUUUUUUCAGCUGCUGUAUUGUCAUCUCUGAGUGAGCUCUGCUUGAGGCUACCAAUGCAGGACUCAAAGAUCCUCUUUCUUGUGCCAACACUUGUCCCGUGUGUUAGGGGCCGUUGUUGUAUGUCCUUUUCACUGCAGAGUGAGCCGAUUUCUUUGUCCACCUCACACCCCAUCUACAGUUCCAACCAUUAGUGUUCUCUAUUUUUUUUCCCAGCAACUCUCAGAAUCAAUCACAUCUUGUAAAAAAAAAAAAAAAGAAAAUGAGAAAAAAAAAUGUAAUAAGUAAAAAAUGACUAAAUUCUGAAUAAUUUACAUGCACAAAUUGGUUGGCAGGUGCUGCAGAUAGAAAACUCAAGAUCUUAAACCCAAAACCAAAACUUAAUUUUUCUGUUCAUCCUGUUCAAGUUUGAGUUCAAGUCUAAGUUCUUGUCUCCCUAGAUCCCUGUGGGCUGUCCCUCCCUGCAGUUGUUCCUGGACUUGCACCUCCCAAAAGGGAUUAACCCUGCAGGGCGGCCACAUUCUAGCAAGGGAAAGUGAGCCUGAUGUGUCCUCUUCAUUGCUAGUCAUCAUAUAAUGGCAUAUAUGAUCAUUUGAUUUUAUUAUCACUAAGAUAUAUUAACUUUUUGUUUUUUCCUUGAUAAGUCAGGAGGUGCUGAUUUGUAAAUGAAUUGAUAUUUUUGCCUUAAACUCACCAGGACAAAGUCACACUGAAGUUUCAUCACCAUGCUCGACAAGCUGAGGUAAGAUUUUUUAAUUCUUCACUUAUUUUAAUUGUCACUGAAGUUAAUUUUUACAGAUACUGAAAAAAAAGACCACUUUCAACCCUCUAAAUACGACUAAUCCUUUUGAAUGCAUGUGUAAUUUGAGGAGCUGUGUUCUGCCUUAGAGUUUUUCAGAAGACAUUUCUUGGAAAUUUGUGUUUACAUCAGCAAAAAAAUACAUUUUUAUUUAAAACCAUUUUUUUUAAUAUCUCAGAAUUUGCUCAAACUUUAGAAAAUAUUCACAUUACAAGGAGUAUGUCCUCUCAUUGGUGAAAAAAUUGAUAACAGACAAGAUUAUCACAACUCCAUCACGCAUGUUACUGACAGUAGUCCUUUUGUUAGUUCACUGCCUUUGUGUUUAUCUAAGUGAUAACAGGUAACGUCAGCAGUUCAGGAUCCCAAACAUUCGCCCUGAAAUAUUUACUUUAAUGCUUUGAGUGAAAGAGUAACAGAGUACAAACAAACUCUUUUGAAACAUUAAAAAGGUCGUUUUUGGAGGUAGAGUAUAGUGGACAUGAAGCGCAAAACACACACACACACAAAAGUGUGCAUAUCUUUUGUACAUUGAUUUUAUAACCGUUCCUCCAAACUUGUGUUUUGAUUUAUUUCAAACACAGUGCCCAUGUGACCCAAACCCAGCGAAACUAAUAGCAACCAGACAAAAGUAACUGAACACAGGAUAACCGAUAAGCAAAGCAACGUGGUGGCUCCUACAUGGAACGUUAGUGAAAAGGCCAUCGGCACCAAUCGCCGCUGAUCGUUUCCGUUCAAGUCAAAGUGUUCAAUUCUACCGGCUUCUUUCUGGCGCCCUGUGGUUCAGCAGGGCUUCAUAGCCGAUCGCCAGGGUUCUAUGUUUUCCAGACGCCGCAUCAUGACGCUGAAAUCCCUGGAUUUCCUCCUCUGGAAGGACACAGUCUGCUGCUUAUGUGGUUAUGCGGCUGUCUUUAUAGAGACAACUCGUUAUCGCGUGAUUGCACGUGAAUUCGCGGAUUCUUGUGAGUCCUCGCUAUUCCCGCUAUUCGAAACAAAACGCGUCCAGUAGGAAUUGGCAUAUAGCAAAAAUCGCCGCAAUUUCGCUGCAGUGCCGUUCCGAUGCGUUGGGAAUUGGGGAUGACGUUGCACAUUUUUACUUUCAAUCAACUAACUUGAUUUGAUAUUUAAAAAAAAUCACAAUUUUUAACAAAUUCAAACAUAAAGAUAUGCUUUAUAUCCACCGAUAGUGACAUUUCCUAAGGCGAGGCGACUUACUUCCUGUGUCGUGGACAAAUUCCAUUAAGCGCUGCUGCACCACCGACCAAAAUCUAUAACGGUGAAAAAUGCCGAAAAAGUUCAGCAGAAGAUUGUCAAUGUUUAAAAGUUUCUCUUCGGUGAAAGUUACCAGUGAGGAGGAGCAGAAAACCAAACAAAAACACGAAGUACGAGAAAGUGAAGAACCGAGUUCCAUUGCUAAUGACGUAGGGGAAUUGGUAUAUGCUUAAUUUCAAAAUAAAAGCAUGCUUUUACAAGACAGGAAAUCCACUCUCUAAUGAAGUUUCUUUCACAGAGCGGCUGUUUCAGAUCAAACAUGACCUUGAACAGCAUUUGAAUUGGACAAAUACCUGAAAGUAAGUCAACUGUGGAAACAGCCCACAUAUCAGACGAUCAACAAAUAUUGGAGUUUGUGGUCGAAGCAAUAAUACCCAAUCACUGAAAUGAGCUCUUUUUAAGUCUGUGUAAUUUUUACCUUGAUUUCACCCUUUGAUAAACUGACCUCACGGAUGACUGGAUGCAGUUUAGUUGAUAAUUAAAAGAUGAAAACGUCAGGAGGUCAAUGCAAAUGCAAGUUAAAGAUCAACCAGAAAGACUCCCUGUAAGCACACGAGCGAUAACAAAGGUUUGGUUACUGUCUUUUGUACAGGAGAAGACAGACCGUGAUGCCACUCGGCAUUAAUCUUCUAAAAGGCUUCGCCGUCUUGGUCUUUCUGGUUAUGGUUGUUUUGAUGCUGCAAAAUGUGGACCUUCUGCAGGUGAGAACUUGGAACGCUGUCGUCAUUGUUUAAAUAUUUGUUGCAGAGGUUUGACUGGAAGAAGCCACAGCAGGAAGUAUCACUGUGGGGUUUUUGUCAGGUCUAAAAGAGCAAAAAGACUGGAAGGUAACACAUGCAAUUUUUCCAUCCAUCUUUCUCACCCUUUUUUUCUCCCAGCCCCGCCAGCCAAAGUCGAAAGACCACCCUGCCAUCAACUCCACAAAACCGCCCACUGAUCCUCCCGUGACUCGUGACUUCUGCACCUUCGAGCCACGGUCUCCAGCAGAAGCUCAGGAGGAACGUCUCUUACUGGACUCCAUUGCUUGGCCUGAAACCCCCAUUUUGCCAGCUCCUAUCUCACUGGAACAGACGAGUGAUCCGGCCAACAGCACCUUCACCAUCCUGUCAAGAGGAGAGUGGCAUGUCGGAGAUCAGCUGAGAGUUUUGAUCAGAAUAAACGAUUUCCAAGGUCAUGUGAAGAAAUCUGGUGGCGACGUCUUAGUUGCACGGCUGCACAGCAAGACGCUCACUGCAGGUGUAGCCGGGCAAGUGGAGGAUCACCUGAACGGCUCCUAUUCUGCGGUAUUCCCUUUACUCUGGGAGGGGGACGCACAUGUUGAGGUAAAAGGCCAUCUACUUGAAUGUUAGAAGCUAAAAGAGUUGAUCAUUUUGGAGGUAUUUAACAAACGCCGUCCACUCUUGUUUUAUCAGGUGAUGCUAAUUCAUCCCAGCGAGGCCGUCACAGUCCUGCACAGGCUGACCAGAGAACAGCCUGACAGGAUCCUCUUCACGAGCCUCUUCCACACGCCACACCUUGACCAGUCCACCUACUGUAACGUCUGCCUGCGUCAAACCAGCCAACCACAGUGUGACUUCACCGACCUCCGCACGGGCGAGCCGUGGUUCUGCUACAAACCGCAGAAUCUGGACUGCGACACCAGGAUGAAACAUGCUAAAGGAAAAUUCACGCAGAAACUGGAGGCUGAAGAGGACAAGCUCUUCCAAAAGUCAGUAAACUACCCUCGACCUUCCUAAAGGAGAGCAAACUGUGUAUCUCCUGGUUUCAAUCAAUCAAUCAAUCAAUCAGAGUUUAUUCGGCGUCACUUUUGGGAGAUGUUAUGUUGAUCGUUGUUUUGUAGAGUGUAGUGCAAAUAGAGAGGCAGAGAAAACAAUUAUUAUGGAUAAGAGGUACUUUCUUGUUGGUUUUUCUUCAGGCAUGUCAACAUGAAGGUCUACAUCAAGGCUUCAGGACCUGACGGUGUCACUGUGUUGCCAUCGAAGAAAGGUAAAUCUCUGUUUUUCCACUUCAGUCAUUCUCUACGAUAGAAAUCUGAGUCGAAGGGUUCGAAGGAUUGGUCUCUUCUUUUUAGCUCCUAGAAACUCGGUAAUCCCAUCUCCACUUUUUCAAAUUCUUCUCAGGUCAAACUCGGGUCACUAAAGACACUGGUAGAUACAAUCCCUCUGGAUAUUACUACCAGGGUGUGUGGCGAGCUCUAGGUGGCAGCAGAGUUCAACAAUUCAACACCUCCUCUGCCAUCAGUCAGUGUCUGAAAGGAAAGAUGGUCCACCUGUAUGGAGACUCCACCAUCAGGCAGUGGUUUGAGUUCCUUGACGUGUCACUACCAGGUAGCUCAUCCAGAGAGGUUUUGGGCUGCAGGUUGAUUUUAUUUACACCCUAAAUCUUGAACCUUGACCUGUUCCUUUGUGUUAAACUUGUAGAUGCACAGCACUUUGACUUGAAGGGCUCAAAACAAGCAGGACCUCACAUGAAGUUGGACCACAAAAACCGCUUCAUGAUAACAUAUCGCUGCCACGGUCCUCCUCUUCGUUUUCAUGACAUCCCAGUCAGUCAGCUGCGUUACAUUGCCAAUGAACUGGACGGAUUAAAGGGUGGCUCUGACACUGUGGUUGUGAUCGGCAUCUGGUCCCACUUCAGCACUUUCCCAAUUGAGGUCUACCUCAGACGCCUCCAGAGCAUCCGCAGAGCCGUGGUCCAUCUGUUGAAUCGGGGUCCAGGCACCCUGGUGAUCAUCAGGACUUCAAACCUCAAAGCUUUGACGCUGUAUGAGACGCUGACCAACAGUGACUGGUUCACCAUUCAGCGUGACAAGGUGCUCAGAGCCAUUUUCAAAGGAGUCAACGUUAAAUUGGUUGACGCCUGGGAGAUGGUUCUGGCCCACCACCUUCCACACAGCCUCCACCCACAACCCCCCAUCAUCAAAAACAUGAUCGAUGUCCUCUUGUCUUACGUUUGUCCCAAAAAGUAACGCUGGCUGAAGACUUCAGGGAGCGGAUAUUUGAGAUUUGAUAACGCAGGGAAAUCAGGUUCUUGUUGUUGGAGCAGAAACACUUUCAGGUUAUUUUACAGGUUUGGGCAAAAACUCUUUUUUCAGCACUGGCUGCUUUUUAGUGAUUCCAAGUUAGACACAGUUUAUUGGUGCUACUUUUUACACCGGUUCAGAAUCAUGAGAUGAUAUGAAGGUUUACAGACAAAAUCUAAAGCUUGCGGUAAGUUCCCGCUCUAGCUCCCCAAUAUCCGUCAGCUAUUGUUUUGUGUUACAGAUCUCAAUGAGGUCAUGGCCACAGACAGAAGGUAGAAAUGUCUUUUUUGGUGUUGUUGGUCCCAGAAUAAAGGGAGGGAGGGGGGGAUCUACUGUUUACCAGCCGGUACUGCCAAAAACAGAGACAACCGUGUCUAAAGGUGAUAAGACGAAAGAACUGGACGGACGCAGUCAGGGAAAAUACUUGUUUGUUGCCCUAGAGAACCUGCAGGUAUGGUGACCUCCAUAAGCGCCCUCCCCCAGGACAGCGGUGUCCUCUGGGUCUCAUCAUUGCUGGACGUCUUGCAGCACUUUGAUCAGCUGUGGUUGUUUUAAAGUGCUUUACAAAGUUGAGUUGAGUUGAGUCUUUGGACUUAGGACUUGGCAGUUACAUGACUGUGAUUAAUGAUUGUGAUAGAUUUCAGUUCGAUCACGUGAUCAGCUGUGAGCAUAUUUACUCGAUCAAACAUUGAGUAAAUCUGCUCAUGGGGAAGUAAACAGGAGAAGUCAACAGAAUGACAGGAUGUGGAGCUGAGGGCAGCAAACUAGAUGUCAGCCAUGACUUUGAGUCAUCCUCCAAAGAUGUUAUUGUUGAGAAGAAAAGUUAUUUAACGUCGGUUGUGUGGCGGUGGUUCGGGUUUCUCCAAAGUGACGUUGAGCAAUUAAGCCGUAAUGUAAGGUUUGUCGGCGGUUGGUCCCCUCAAAAAUUGGCAACACAACAGAUCUGUUUCAUAACUUGAAGUCCUUUCAGAGUGAUUAUGUGGAAAACAUGAAAAUGUGAGCGGAGUCUGUACAGCCCGUCAGUUUAGCUAAAACUAGCGGGGCAGCCACCAGACCAAAGAAAUCGAUCAUAUGAUCUAUGUUUACAUCAUCUAAUGUUUACAUUUUAAACAUUAUUUUUUAUUUUGGGUUAAAAAUAUGUUAAUAAGAUGUUGAACUGAUCUCUCGUUUCUUUAGUUUUUAGUACAUAUGCUUUAAAACUGCCAUUUAAGAAAAAAUAAAAAAAAUCGUGAUAAUAAUCGUGAUCGGACGAUAUGACAAAAUAUACUGUGAUAAUUAUUUUUGCCAAAUUGCACAGUCCAACUUGGACCGUCUGUCUAAAGGCCUGGCUCACGACAGAGUUAUGAUUUAACAGCUAGCCUCACAGGAGCGGAGUGUAGAGAAAACUCAUAUGCAUGUUUGGGAAGCUCAUGCUGUCAAAUAAACUCCUGAAAUCAUUAAAAUGCAGAGCAAUACUUUAAGAGGAUUUAUGAGUUUGCACCUCACGCCUCGUACCUGCCCGGCAGUCUGUAAAAUAUGUGACGGUUUACCAACAGAGAGGAUGUAGCUCUGCCUCGUGCGACUUCAGGUUCUGGGAGAGAGAUGGGAGGAAAACAGGACAAUCAGUUACAGAGACAGAGGACAGGGACAGGGACAGGGGAGAGAAAAUGGAUCAGUGAGGGAGGAUUGAUGGAGCCGCCUGAGAGCAGACUGUAGAUCAUAUUAAAAAAUCACGUACAUUUAAGUCAGCUGUGGCUAAAAGUCUCAAUAAAACAGGUGACGUUUCAGUACCAGAAUAAAGAAGAGGUCUCCAGCGGUGUUAAACUAGUAAAACUGAAAUAUGUAAAAUAUCAAUGAUGAUGCAAACUCAACAAGUUUGUAUUGUGCGUGGUAGUCGGUGCUGUGUCUGCAGAAAGAUCACAGCAUUUUAAAACAUAAUUUCUCUGCUAAUAU